AUGGCUGAGUCCUGCGUCAGUCACCAUUCGGCUUCACUCGCCCUCUUCGCUGCAGCUCGCGCCUCGCCUACAAUGAAAACAGUGACCGUGUUCGCACUCUUGGCUCUGGCAGUGAGCCUGUGCUUAGCUGCGCCUAACCGAGUCAGCUACGGUUACGGCGGACGUGGCUUUGGCUUCGGCCACGGUGGAUACGGACACGGCGGUUUUGGACAAGGCUUCGGCCACGGAGGAUACGGAGGACACGGACACGGCGGAACAUCGUACAGUGUGUUCAACCUUGGCUAUGGGGGCUAUGGCUACGGCGGGUAAACGAGAUGGCAGAAGCUGUUGCAUUUAUAGGAAUGUUAUCUUCGUAGAAAUUGUGUGAAUGAGAAUGGAUGUCUUCACAAUACAUGAGAUGUGUUUAACCGGUCUCGAAUAUGUCUUCGUCAGAAAUAUGAUAUAUUCGAAACCGAUUAAAUACAACUGCAUUGUGAAGAUAUUCAUUCUCAACCAUACCUUUUCUACAUUUGUCUGCUUGUAGAAUGGUUAUCUAUUAUGUUUUAUACGAAGCGA